CUAUUAUCUGUGGAGUGUAGAGUAAGGAUUUAUUUUCUCAAAAUGGAUGUUAUUAUUCUUUUAAGAAUUUAGAUCAUAAUAAUUGAUGUGAAAGUGUAAAGUGAAAUCAAGCUAACGUACUAUAGUAACAUAUAGACUAAACUUGUAUCCAUAUAAUAAUUUAUUUUUUCACGGCCUCAAACAUGAGUGCUAUCAUUUAUUUCGAAAACAAGAUAAUUACACCUUUAACACCUUGCAAUAAUAUUCAUGAUUUGAAGCAAACAAUUUUUAAACAAUAUGGUAUUCCCUAUAACCAUAUAUACGUAACUAUAAAUGGAAAGUUAGCCGAUCCUGGUGUGGUUCUCCACGAAUCAAACAUUGUUAGACUGUCUACACGAUUAAUCGGAGGAAAAGGCGGUUUCGGUUCUAUGUUGAGGGCGAUUGGCGCUCAAAUCGAAAAAACAACAAAUCGUGAAGCUUGCCGAGAUCUUUCCGGUCGUCGAUUACGUGAUAUCAACGAAGAAAAGCGUCUAAGAAAGUGGCUAGAAGGUCAAGACGAAAGAGAACGAGAAGCUAUUGAAAGAAAACAGAAAAAGCUUGAGAAACUGCUUGCUGAGCCGAAGAUUGAGGUUAAUUUGAAUCCCAGUUAUGAGAAAGAGCGUCAAGAGUUACCUGAACGUGUGAGUUCAGCUGUAGAUGCAGGGUGGCAGGCAGCGGGAACCUCAGGUGAAAGAAAACGUAAAUCGGACGAAGUACUCAAGAAGAAGAAGAAAGCUAAGUUGUGGAUUGAUGCAGAGUUAUCGGAUUGUUCAUCAUCAAGUGAAAGUGAAAAAGAGUCGACCAAUGAUAUACCUGACGCCAUAGCUGUGUCACUCUAGUCAUAAAUCUGAGUUAAAAACAUACAUAAUAGCAUAUUUUUGUAAGAGAAUAUUGAAUGAAUAUUAUGACUAAAUAAUUGUUUAUUAUAAUAUAAAAUCAAAAGCACCUUGCCUGUUCAUUAUUUAUAUUAAUAUAAUUGAAAUCACAAGAGUUAAAAAAGGGAAAGGAAUGAUUAAAAAAUUAAGAUUGUGUAAUAUUAAUUUUUUUGACACUAUGGAACCAUUUUCUAUGGAAAAAUUAAUGAUCAGAAAUAAAAAUCUGUGACAAUAUUUUCUUAUUAUUAAUUAUAUUUCAGAAAGUCUCUAUUGUAGUACUAAUGGUUUUGCUGAUUGCAUUAGUUACUGCCCGACCAAAUGAAUUUGAUGAUGAUGAAGGCCAGGAAGUGGAUAGAAGAGGUGAAGUGCCUAGAGUUCAAAUCAAGGUGUACAGAGGUCCGACAAAACAUGAUGGCCAUGCUCCUUGGGGAUUCUGGGUGAAACAACCAUCAGAUGAUAAAUAAGCUCAAACAACUUUAAACUAAUUGAAGGCUGUUUACAGACAAGACGUAUUGGAGUCAUAAUUUGCGCUUAUUCUGACUGAAUAUUUAAAAUUAUAAAGAUAAGAUUUUAUUUUUCCCUCUCUCUUUACCUUCUCUAUUUAGUCAGUAAACUAUACAUUUCCUAAACAAUUUCUGUGAAGGAAAAUUCAAUGUUUUUGUCUGAUUUAAGUUUAAGUCUCAAUAAUAUGCAUUGUUAACAAAGAUAUCCAGCAAUGUGAAGUAAUGUAUGUGUAUGUGGUUUCAACUAAGAAUGUAAAAAUCCGCAAUAAUAAAUAAAUCAAUGUUUAAGAA